UAUCGGGGCCUUAGAGAGAAGUCUCUAAAAAUAUCUGGUCGCAAGUUUGAGUGGAAUUUUGCCAAAAUCCUAUUUUUAGUAUUAAAGGGUUAAACUAGUGUAUACAUGCUAUAAUGUGAGCUUAUAAAGUUGAUUUCAUUUGUCAGAUGAUGAGGAUAAAAACUACCAUCUGCAUUUUUUAGUUUUUGUUCAGUGAUACAUAAUUCCAUCUUACUGUGUUACUAUGGCUACUUCGACUACUGGGGUCAAGGAACAAUGGUCACUGUCACAACAGUUGAGAAGUCAUCAGGCAAUGUCUUCCCGUUGGUUCCAUGCUGUGAAAUGCCGAGCAAAGAUCAUAUUCACAUUGGAUGCCUUUAUUCUGAUGUAUUUCCACAUCCAGGCCCUUUCAUAUGGGAAGCAUUACCAUCAGCAUCAUUGACAUCAUAUGAUUUUCCUCAUGCGUUAGUUAAAGAUAAAUAUUCUUUCGUCAGUUACAUUAUCAUCCCUUCUAAUGAUUGGGACAGUAAAACCUACACAUGUACUCCCUCCCAAAAAAGCAAAGAAACUAAAUCAAAUACACUGGGAAAAACACUGAAAAAAAAAGUUUGUGAAAAGAAAGCACCUAUUUUAAAGAUCUCCCUUACCUCUUGUGCUGGAGAUACAGAAGACAACAUGGUGUAUUUAGUGUGCACAGUCUUCAACUUUCCAUCAGGACAUGGUGAGGUGACCUGGCUGCAGAAUGGGAAAAACUAUGUACGAACUGGAAACAGCGUUGCAAAGGCCAAAGAUAUGGUGUUCAUGCUCAAUGUCAGCAAAGAAAGUUGGAACAAGGAAGAUGAAUACACAUGUCAACUUCAGUACCAAAACGAAAUUAAAAUGGAGAAUAUCAGUAAAUGUUUAGCUUGUUAUAGUUCUUUCAUGAAGCCGACUGUUGUCUCCAGUAAACCCUCUAUUGAAGAUAUUUUAAAUAACAAGAUUGAAAUCAGUUGUUCAGUGCAUAAUAUCAAUAUCAAUCCCGGCACAAAACAAGUCUUUUUGAAAGUCGAUGGGCAACAAUUUGGAAAGGUUGCAAGAGAAGAACUUACUAAAAACAGUAUUAAGGCAACAUUUACAAUGAAUCGUGAAGAAUGGGACAAAAUGAAAACUGUGUCAUGCCUAGUCAAACAGCCAUGUUCUGGUUCUGACAUAGAAGAGGUGGUGAAGAUAAACCACAAAAGCACGAAAAUGCCAACAGUCUCUGCAAACAGAACAAUGUUUCUGGAUGAGGGAGGUAUUGCUGCAGUCUGCAAAGCCAGUGGCUUCUACCCUGAUGAGAUCAGUAUCCACUGGGAAAAGGAAAACCAGAAGAUGGAGGCAGGCAAUUAUAUCAACAGCCCUGUGACUUGUUCAGGAUCCACUUGCUUUACCAUGAGCUUUCUAAAGGCAUCAAAGCAGGAUAAUUUAGCAUCCUACAAAUGUGUGGUGUACCACCUAAGCCUCAAUUCCCCUCAGAAGAUGGACAUCGAAGACAUAUCAGAGCUCCCUCCCAUAGUACCAGAAGCACAAAUAUUAAAUCCAUCCAUCAAAGACGUAUUUCUGAACAAGUUUAUUGACUUCUCAUGCAGAACUAAUGUUCCAAACACGGCCAUAACAUGGGAAAUAACACCAAAUGGAAAUUUUAACCAAAUCCCGGAUAAACCUAAAGCCAUCUCACCUAAAGACACAAAAUGGAUACUGAGCACUGUCCAAUUCAGUUUCACAGAGUGGAAGAGUAUUGUAAAUGUAACAUGUAAACUGAAACCUCCCCAGGAUGUCAUCCCAACAUCACUGAGCAUCAAAAGCACAUACUUGACAGGAAAAAUGAAGUCACCUAGAGUCCAUUUAUUUAUUGCUGCUUCUGAAAAUGGGAUCUCAGAAAAUCAGCUGACUCUGAUUUGUUUGGUGAAGAGUUUUUACCCAGCUUAUCUAUUGGUGACUUGGAAUUUAAAUGGAACUGAAGUUAAGCAGGAAGCGCCUGGUCCUGAAGAAAUCAGUUGUCACCCUCAAAACCAGGAUUGCACAUUUGUUAGUCAGCUAUCUACCACCAAAGUUUCAUUACUCAACAGGACGACUUACAUGUGCCAAGUAGCCCACAUCUCCUUGGACGUCCACAUAAUGAAAAACAUCAGUGCUCCUAUUGAUGCAUCUUGCAUUGAACCCAGCAAUACCAAAUCAAAAGCCUCUUUUAGAGACCUCUUUCUAAAUGAAAACAAAUAUAUAUCAUGCAAAAAGAAUGUGUUAACUGCAGCUUUUAAUCUGGUAAAAAAGACAAAUAUUUCCUUUGAUGAAAUUAUAUGUCAGCAGCGCAGCAUACAAGUUAGUCUCCAGGAGUGGAAAAACAUUUCAAAUGUGACAUGUGAACUGAAGUCUCAGAAGGAUGUUUGUCCCAGUUCUGAAAGUAUAAUGUCAGAAAAGACAAAACAGCCAAUUGUCCAUAUAAUGCCCCCUGCCACACAGGGUGUAACUUCUGACAACAAGUUGACUCUGAUUUGUCUGGUGAAAGAAUUUUACCCAGAAGACCUAUUUGUCAUGUGGGAGGAAAAUGAAACAACAAUCAGUGAGGACAUUCCUGAUACCAAUGAAAUUUACUGCAACCAUAAGAAAAGGGACUGUUCAGUCAUAAGUCACCUGUCUGUCUCCAUGACUGAUUGGCUGAAAGGAACAAAUUACUCUUGUCUGGUGGCCCACAUCUCGACAGAAGUCUUCAUAAGAGCUAACAUACGGAGUAACAUAAAAGAUUCCUUUGAAACCCCCCUAUCUGAACCACUGGCUCAAAUACUGAAGCCGUCUUUCAAAGAUUUAUUUAUUAAUAAAACUGCAAAUAUAUCAUGCAGAACAAAUGCACCUAAGACCAACAUAACAUGGCUGGCAGAUGGAAAUCAAAUAGAGGCUGAGACCGAUGAGGAACUAUCCCAGCUCAAUAACACAACAUUAUGGUUCCAGAGCACAUUGAAAGUCCCAAUGGAAAACUGGAAAAAAACCUCAAACUUUACCUGUAUAUUGAAUUAUCACCAGAAUUCUGCACAAAAAACUUUAAACAUACAAACAAAACAGAGAGACUUACAAGCUCCUAUAGUGCAGUUACUGAUGUCUACCCCAGAAGAUGUAACAGUAAAGAACCAGCUGAUGUUGCUUUGUUUGGUGAAGGACUUUUACCCAGAAGAGCUUUUUGUGGCAUGGAGGGUGUUAAAUAUCACCACCCAGGAGGAUAACCCACAACCCAUCACCAUUCAGGAGGAUAACCCACAACCCAAUGUAGUUAAGUGUCACCACCAAAGCAAACACUGCUCAUAUAUCAGUGAAUUGUCCAUUGAAAAGGAGGCGUGGCUCAGUGGAGCUGUUUACACAUGUGAAGUGGCUCAUUUAUCCUCAGAAGACUACAUAACGAAGAGCAUCAAUUUCAAAUCUGGUACAACCUAUACAUACAUUCCUGAAAUUUGUGAUCCCAGGGAAGGAGAGGACAUCAGUGAUGUGGAAGAUGCGAACAAUGUGUGGCCCACAGCAUCUACCUUUAUAGCUCUCUUCUUGCUUACCUUAAUCUACAGCAGCUUUGUUACUUUUAUUAAGGUGAAAUGAAAAUAAAGUAAAUAAUAUAUCAAUAUUUGUCAAUGACAUCAAGUCCCAUAUUCCAAGCCUGGAAUGAAGACUCCUUUCGAGAAAUUUAUGGAACUCCAGCAGUCACAACUGAUUUGGAAAUAUGAGAUUGAAAAGCCAAUGUAAUAAUGUUUAAUAUAAUUAUCUUAUCAUUGUUGCAAAGAAACCUGAAUAUUAAAAUUAAUGUUACAGUCACAAUAUUUUUGCAGAAAGUUAAGAAUCUACUUAAUAUUAGUUAGUUAUCUACUCUGUAACAAAGUCUUAAAUAAUUCCUAUUCUGUACUGUCCUAAUAAAAGUUACUGGAGAUCUAAUUUGACUGUUCAAAGAAAACAAAAUUAAAAACAUAUUAAGAACUUUUUCACGAGUUUUGAAAGUUCUAAAUUCUCAAAUCACAUAUUAUGCUUAUAUGUAUUGGACUGUUGCAGUAUUUUGUUCCUGUGAGCAAAUACAGCAUCUAUUGUUUGGCUGUCCUUCUGUUCGUAUCCAUGUAAAUGCCUGUGCUAUUUGCUUCACUAUGUUUAUCUCAUUACCAGUUGCUGUUAUCUAAAGAUUUAUUCCAAAAUAAAUGUUGUUUUGUAUAAUACAGAUUUACAUAUAACAUGGUAGGGUUGUCAAAAAAAUAAAAAAGCUGAAUAUGCCACUACAAA